AAACUUAGAACAUCUGCACCCACUUAACUGACAUUUGGUACACACUCGAGCCACCAACUCUAGGGAAAGUUAAAAAGACAUCCAUCGCGAUUGAAAAAUACACACAAAGGAUGACAUGUUAACAUUGGUAACAGUCACGACCUCAUCUUAGUGAGGGGGAUGAUACCGUGCGCCAUCUUUCACCAGAAACGUCAUUUCCGGGCGGUGGGGAGACCCGGGCUCGCAGGCCAGCUUCCACAGAUGGUUUCUUUCCUUACCCUUCAUUUUCACUAAAUUGGAAAAGCUUAAGUUACAGUAACAGCAGCAGCAAGUGAUCGAUGACCCUGUCUGGUAGUCCUGGAUAUUGCAGCCAAAGAAUAAAAGCCAGGGCUCCAUCUUCGUCCGGAUACAUGCCCCAUGGCAGGUGCUGGCCCGAGAGGCAGAAUUCUUGAAGAUCAAAGUUCCCACCAAGAAAAUGUACGAGAUCAAAGCGGGAGGCAGCAUUGCGAAGAAGUUCAACGCGGUUCUGCAGAAGCUGAGCUCGCCUCUGCAGCCCAGAGUUCCAGAGCAUAGCAACAACAGGAUGAAGAACCUCUCGUACCCUUUCUCUAGGGAGAAGAUGUACCUGUACAACAUCCAGGACAAGGACACCUUCUUUGACAAUGCCACCCGAAGCCGCAUUGUGCACGAGAUCCUGAAGCGCACAGCCUGCUCCAGGGCCAACAACACGAUGGGCAUUAACUCUCUGAUAGCAAACAAUGUCUAUGAGGCCGCCUACCCUCUGCACGAUGGAGAAUAUGACAGUCCAGGGGACGACAUGAAUGACAGAAAGCUGCUGUAUCAGGAAUGGGCACGGUAUGGAGUAUUUUACAAGUUUCAACCUAUUGACCUCAUCAGGAAAUAUUUUGGAGAAAAAAUCGGACUGUAUUUUGCCUGGCUGGGAUUAUAUACAUCAUUCCUCAUCCCAUCUUCUGUAAUCGGGGUGAUCGUUUUUCUUUAUGGAUGUGCAACAAUUGAAGAAGAUAUUCCCAGUAGAGAGAUGUGUGACCAGCAGAACGCCUUCACCAUGUGUCCGCUGUGUGACAAAUCCUGCGACUACUGGAACCUUAGCUCGGCCUGUGGAACCGCGCGGGCCAGCCACCUGUUUGACAACCCUGCCACCGUCUUCUUCUCCAUCUUCAUGGCUCUGUGGGCCACUAUGUUUCUGGAGAACUGGAAGAGACUACAGAUGCGACUGGGCUACUUCUGGGACCUGACUGGCAUAGAGGAGGAAGAAGAACAUUCCCGGCCAGAGUACGAAAGCAAAGUCCGAGAGAAAAUGCUCAAGGAGAGCAGCAGGUCGGCUGUCCAGAAAUUGGAGACAAGCGCGGCUGCGGGUGACGGCGAGGAUGACGAAGAUAAACUGACAUGGAGGGAUCGUUUCCCAGGCUACUUGAUGAACUUUGCGUCCAUCUUGUUCAUGAUUGCCCUGACAUUCUCGAUCGUCUUUGGGGUGAUUGUGUAUCGGAUCACAACCGCAGCUGCUCUGUCUCUCAACAAGGCCACGCGCUCCAACGUCCGGGUCACGGUGACAGCAACCGCGGUCAUCAUCAACCUCGUGGUCAUCCUCAUCCUGGAUGAGAUCUACGGCGCCGUGGCCAACUGGCUCACCAAAAUCGAGGUUCCGAAAACAGAACAGAGUUUUGAAGAGCGCUUGAUACUCAAAGCUUUCUUGCUAAAGUUUGUCAAUGCCUACUCCCCCAUCUUCUAUGUGGCCUUUUUCAAGGGGAGGUUUGUGGGCAGGCCUGGAAGCUAUGUCUAUGUGUUCGAUGGUUACCGCAUGGAAGAGUGUGCUCCAGGGGGCUGCCUCAUGGAGCUCUGCAUCCAGCUUAGCAUCAUCAUGCUGGGGAAGCAGCUGAUCCAGAAUAACAUCUUUGAGAUUGGAGUCCCGAAGCUAAAGAAACUAUUUCGGAAGCUGAAAGAUGAGACAGAACCUGGAGAAACAGACUCUGCCCAUUCAAAACAUCCAGAGCAGUGGGACCUAGACUACAGCUUGGAACCAUACACUGGACUGACUCCAGAAUACAUGGAAAUGAUCAUCCAGUUCGGUUUCGUCACCCUCUUCGUGGCCUCCUUCCCGCUGGCACCUGUCUUUGCCCUCCUCAACAACGUCAUCGAAGUGCGACUUGAUGCCAAGAAGUUUGUCACGGAGCUGCGGCGGCCUGACGCCGUGAGAACCAAAGACAUUGGAAUCUGGUUUGACAUUCUGUCUGGAAUCGGCAAGUUCUCUGUUAUCAGCAAUGCUUUUGUCAUCGCCAUCACCUCCGACUUUAUCCCCCGCCUCGUGUACCAGUACUCCUACAGUCACAACGGGACUCUGCAUGGCUUUGUCAACCACACCCUCUCCUUUUUCAACAUCAGCCAGCUGAAGGAGGGAACGCAGCCAGAGAACUCACAGUUUGACCAGGAAGUUCAAUUCUGCAGGUUUAAGGACUAUCGAGAGCCACCUUGGUCCCCGAACCCAUAUGAGUUUUCCAAACAGUACUGGUCUGUGCUGUCUGCCCGUCUGGCUUUUGUCAUCAUCUUCCAGAACCUCGUGAUGUUCCUGAGCGUCCUCGUGGACUGGAUGAUCCCAGACAUCCCCACGGACAUCAGCGACCAGAUCAAGAAAGAGAAGAGCCUGUUGGUGGACUUCUUCCUCAAGGAGGAGCACGAGAAGCUCAAGCUGACCGACGGGCUGGCCGCGAGGAGCCCGGGCGUGGGCGAGCGCGCCAGGAGCCGCGCCCCCAGCUCGGCGCCCUCGGGCAGAAGCCAGCCGGGCAGCGCGGCGUCCUCGGGCUCCCAGCACACCAACGUGUGAGCAGCGCCGCUUCCUACCCACGGGGUGCUGCCCGUCUGCCCGGCCUGCUGCAGUGGCAGGGGAGUGUGUGCGACAGCAGACAGACAGACAGACAGACAGACAGACAGACAGACAGAGACAGCACAGUGUGGGAAGGAAGAGAACUGACGCUGCUGCUCUGAAACCGGCUUAAGUUUCCUGUAGGUCCUCUUUUAAGCUAAAUCCCUUUGGGAGAUUGGAACCCCACCGGGCUCUCCCGCCCCAGAGUGCUCUCCCAGGCACCAGGAGCCUGCCUCCGUUCCCUCUCCGUGCUCCGCUCUUUUCCCACGACCUCGGGCUGUGAGAGGAGUGCACUCUGGAUCCCCGUCCCCUCCUGCUGACACCAGGGGUGACCGAGUCACUGGCAGCAGGGUUGUCACAGCCUCCACAGAUGCAGACUGCGUUACAGGGCUGAUUGCUGCGGCCACUGGACCCGAUGGUGAGGAGCAAACGUCCAGACCUGGGCUGUCUCCAGUUCAUAUCACAAGGACGCUCGGAGCUAAAUGCAGUUAACCAUUUUAUGCAAGUUUGGAUUUAAAAUAAUAAAAUAAAUGGAAACAUUCUUUAUAAACAUGCA